GCGGCCUGCGCGCGCGUUUGUGUGUACCAUAGUGUUGUGACAGUGAUGCGAGCGUGUAUACUCAACUUUAUUUUGUGAUAGAUAUGUAUGUGUGUAGUAGCCGUAGAAAAAUGAGCGAGUUGCGGCUAUUGGUGUCGCUCUUGCUGGUGCAAUGCUUCAUCUUGUGUGCAGACUGCAUCAAACACCAUCGUCGGUCCAUGGGACCACAUUCGAAUUUACCAGUGUCGAAAAGUGGAUGGAGACCUGUUGUGGGAUCCGAGGGGCUCUUUUACGGUUCAUUUGGAACUGCCCCGCUUCAUGCUCCUUAUAAAUCGCCUGUCCCAAUUCAUGACUACUAUUCUUCAACUGGUCGCCCGUUAGCCCAGCGAGAUGUCGCUAAACUGACAUCCAUCGCCCAAUCGUACCGACCAACAACCUUAAGAACCGUACCGGUUUCACAAGGAAACCCAGCCGGCAAUCAGCCUAUAAACUCUUAUCUCAAUCCUUAUGCUUUACCCAAUAAUGGCUUCACUCAGUACAAGUUCCUCCAGAACUAUCCAGGCGACAACGUAUUCAUCAGAAACCCUCAAAAUCAGUUUCUAUCACGUCCCGUGUAUCAACAAAAGUUUCCCACAAAGCAGAAGCAGCAACAACAACAGCAACAGCAAUACCAUAAUAAUAUUUUACAAUCACUGACAAGCAUUCAGCCAAUUCAUUUCGGCUAUUAUUCCACACCUACACCAGUGAAUAUCCUUGGAAAUCCCAUACAAAUAUACGCCAGACCAGAUUCGAAGCGACCACAGGCGAGCGGUACUGAAAUUUACAAACAAGAACUUUACAAACUUCCAAACAAUGCGCAGCAAGUGAACCAACAAGCAAAUCAGCAAGAGAAUCAGCAAGCGAAUCAGCAAUCUAACCAACAAGUAAAAACAGCUCAACAACAAGCGGUCGCAGCUACUAAUCUCCAGUCAGCCAAUCCCUACUUUCAAUAUUCUUUACAAGAUUUGGCCCAGAUACAGCAACUGCCUCAUAGUCUUUUAAGUUCAUUUGGAUCGUUCGGCAUUCAAUCUGUCAAAAACAGAGAUCCAGGAUAUUCUACAACAAAGGGCACUUAUCAGCAACCACAACCGACCAAGCAGACAUUGUUCCAGUCAUUGAAUUUCCAAAAUGGUGUGAAGUCUACACCUGCUGUAUUCGCAACCUCAACUCCAAACACACAGGCUAUACAAAAUCAAUUUAGUUUCGGUACGACAUUCAACGAUCUAGCCAAUGUACCAACACCUCGCACUAAACCAGCACAUCCCACUAAAAUAGAUCCCAACGCGGGCAAGAAAACGGGUGGAUUUAAACCAAGUCCUCAAGAUCCAUUUAUUAAAACCAACCAACAAGGAGAACAAAAUAGAAUAACUACGUAUAAUCCUCAAAUUCCACAUGUAACAUCAGCGCCAAAUCAGUACUAUGAUUAUAAUUUCGAUUUACAAAAAACACAACAACAAAAUUAUAAUCAGGAUAAUCUAAACUACAAUGGGAACAAUCAACAAUUAUAUGACAAUGUAGGUCUAAAUCAACAAGUAUCUCAGCAGUACAUAAAUGCACCGAGCGCAUCAAACGCAGAUAGUACUCUCAGUGGUGUGUCAUAUCAACCAACUUACGAAGUUACUGAUAAAGAGGCAGAUGAUGUCACGCACGCUUCUACAGGUGGUUGGUUACAAGAUCCAUAUGAAACAAAUGAGAAAUUAACCGAGGAUAGUACGUUAAAAUCAGAUUACUCAAACGCCUUAUUUGCUACUCCGACUACUACGCUUAACGAAUCCCCUGAUGAAUAUGCUAUUGUAACCGAAGCAGAUAUAGGAUUUGAAAAUGGAUUUAAUUAUAAUAGCCAAAUAGAAACUCAAAGUAGGCGACCAUUGGGCGAUGAUUUUGAACCGAUUGGACAGCAGAAACUCAAAGAAUAUUACUACAAAGUAUCGACACCAUCAAACAGGCGUACUAAGAAACCGGCUAAAAUCGUACAGGAAGUUACAACACAAGCAACUGUAUCAAGUGAAGUUCCAGUAGAGGCUCUUCCGACACUACCACCUGAUCAACAUUUCAAACGACCUAGUGCCCCUGAAACUACGGAGAAGGAAAGAACUCGUAAAAGAAACAAGAUAAGGAGACGCCGUCCAAUAGGUCAUAGACAUAGGGACGAAUCAAACACACCAAAAUCUACAACUACUACAUCUGAUGUGCCUCAAACAACAGAAGAAACUCACACAGUUAGACCUAGGAUAAGGCCAUUAAAACCUAGAACAGAAUCACCACUUACAACACUUAGUGUUACUACCGAAUUAACUACAAGUGCAUUGCCAACAAUUUCUCCUACUUCACCAACAGUUACAGCUAUGAAGAAAAAAGUAAACCAUCAAAGGUUUCUCACUACUAACGCGGCAAGACAAGAAACAACAACGCAAAUAAUAAGCGAGGAAAGUAAAGAAUCACCCAUUAUGAAAAUAGCGACACGUCCCCAAAAUACAAGAAAUUCUUACGAUUAUAGAAAUAGUGAAGUUCCUGAUUAUAGCCAUAAGCAAGACGAAAAGGAUACGCCAACCAGCGAUAUAUCUGUUAGCUUAACAGACACAUAUAAAAAUUCAGCCGAUAUUCUCAAAGAUUUUUCAUUUCACAGAGACGUAAGACCCGUUGAAAUCAAAGAAGUAACUACUGAAGCCAUUCGCGAAAGUGCUGAAAUAGAAACAACAACAACUCCCAAAACAGAGACAUCUAAAAAUAUAGGAAAAAUACAACGACCCAAAUUAAAGAAUAAAUAUGACAGACCGAAAUUUAGCGUUAAAGAUUAUAGAAAUAGACUAAGUUCAACAACGAGUAGCACUGAAAAACCCACAGAAAAUACGCCCAGAGCGAGACCGCUUAGAAAGAAUCCCUAUUCAGAAAUUAAUUCUGAUGUAGAAACAACGACAGAAAGGAAGCGAUUUACACCAAAAGAACCAAGACAUAAACUUAACAGAACAGACAACAAUGAGCAAGAAAUACACUCACGUACACACAUCAGACAAAGACAGACAACGCCUGAUACAACAGAAAGUACAACACAAAAAAUCUCUGCAAGAAUACGCAACGGUCAACGAAGACCUAAGCCCACAGAAGAAACUAUAGAAACUUCCAGCACAACAGUCGGCAAGAGGCCUUUGAGGAAAAAAAUCAAAGACUCUGAAACCGGAGAAUCAGUUCAAGACGUGUCUAUCAGUGAAACAGCAUAUAACUCUGAUCACAAAAACGAUUUCACUUCAGAGAGAACGAGGUCUGAGAGUGCUAUAAUGAAAAUAGCAGAUAAAAAACAUCAGGACCACAUAGAGCGUCUAUUCGAGCAUUCUAAACGGGUUUCAGAUUUGACUCUUGCCGCGAGCAAGGACUACAACACACCUGGUAUGUUUAAGACAGUUUCAUCGAACAGCAGGCGAAUACCGAACUAUUUUACGAUAGCAACAGACGAUCCAAUACUUCCAAUAGAAGCAUUUUUCCCGCAGCUUAACCAAAAGAAGGAAUCUCAACUUUCCUAGUUAGUUUUACCAAAGCAAAUCUCUUUGUCUGCCAAAGCGUCAUUUUCUAAAUCUAGUUUAAGGUAGAAUUAUUUAUUAACAUUUUCUCCAUUAACCACGGCAACGGACCACGGAUUAGAGUCAUCAGUCAAUAUAUGUUUUUUUUCUAUUCUUCAAAGGGCAUUUAUUGGGUUUCAAUUUUAGGUACUACAUAAUUUCUUAUAUUAUUCUUACAUAGAUUUUAAGCUUAAAAAAUACUAUUUUAUAUAAAUUAAGCAGUUGCCGUGAAAAUGAUGACGCCUAAAGCGGUUGUAUACAACCCACCUGCAUUUUAUCUUUAACUGUCCUUGGUGCUCAUUUAAUGUUAGUUAAUCUUAGUGAUACGAAGGAAGUAUUAUGUGUGUGUGUAUCAGUGUGUCUCAAUAUUUAUAUCGAUAGGUUAUUGUAAAUAAAAAACUCUUAU